AUGGCGACUCUCAAUCAAACCAGCUUGCAGCCUGCCUCCUUCCUUCUGCUGGGCAUGGCAGGCCUGGAGGACCUGCACACCUGGCUCUCCAUCCCGUUCUGCCUGUUGUACAUCGCAGCACUCCUUGGCAACUUCAUCCUCUUAUUUGUCAUUGUGACGGAACGAAGCCUGCAUGAGCCAAUGUACCUCUUCCUGGCCAUGUUAGCAGUGGCAGAUCUCGUAUUAUCCUCCUCCACAGUGCCCAAAGCCCUGAGCAUAUUCUGGCGCCUUUCCAAGGAGACGUCUUUCCACGCCUGCCUUACCCAGAUGUUCUUUACACACCUGAGCUUCAUUGCAGAGUCGACCAUUCUGCUGGCCAUGGCAUUCGACCGGUACGUGGCCAUCUGCAACCCUCUGCGAUAUGCCGCAGUGUUCACGCACUCGGUGAUAGCCAAGGUAGGGCUGGCUGCAAUAGCCAGGAGCUUUUGUGUAAUGUUCCCAACAAUAUUCCUCCUUCAGAGGCUGCCAUACUGCAGACACAGCAUUAUGCCACACACCUACUGUGAGCACAUGGGCAUCGCCCGGUUGGCCUGUGCCGACAUCUCCGUUAACAUCUGGUACGGCUUUGCCACCACCCUUCUGUCCCCAGGCGUGGACAUUGUGCUCAUCGGGAUAUCAUACAUCCUCAUUCUCCGAGCUGUCUUCAGGCUCUCGUCCAAGGAUGCCCAGCUCAAGGCAGUUGGCACCUGCAGCUCUCAUGCCAGCGUUAUAUUAAUGUUCUACACACCAGCAUUUUUCUCAUUUUUCACUCAUCGAUUUGGCCACAAUGUCCCCCACCAUGUUCACAUCCUGUUGGCCAAUCUCUAUGUGCUCCUGCCACCCAUGCUAAACCCCAUCAUCUACACUAUGAAAAACAAACUGAUUCGAGAAAAGGUGUCCCAAGUACUCUUCAGGACUGGGCAAAUGCGGUGA